GUGUAUGUGUGGGGGGGAGGUGCGCGUGUGGGCGCGCAUGCGCACCUUCAGCUCCGUUAGCAGGAUUCCCAGCCCAGGCCCAAUUGCAGCUCCCAGUUGCAUUGCAAAGGAGCAAAGAGCGGCUGUAGACAGGAUGUCAUCGCCUCCCCAAGAGAAAAUAGAAACCAAAGCUGGACAUCCUCCUGCGGUAGAAAGACUAACUGGAUCCAACAUCUUCAUUCUGUUAUUGCAAGUAAAAGCUGGUGGGAUGCGAAUUGUGCAGAAACACCCACACACUGGGGAACCCAAAGAAGAAAAAGAUAAGGAUGAUCAAGAGUGGGAAAGUACCAGUCCACCUAAACCAACUGUGUUCAUCUCUGGUGUACUUGCAAGGGGUGACAAAGACUUCCCUCCGGCAGCAGCACAGGUGGCUCACCAGAAACCUCACGCCUCCAUGGAAAAGCAUCCUUCACACAAACAGCAGCACAUCCAACAGCCUCGCAAGUGAACAGCCUGCCAGGAAGUCAGCAAGCCUCAAACUCACUGAAUAUGUUUUUAGGAGGAGGAGGAGGAUUCGUAGUUUCUCUAAAGUUUGACAUUUACAGAUCAGAGAGAUUUAAGACAAAGUGGCUUGGGUGGAGGGGGGAAGCAAUUCUUACUUUCCCUUAAAUUUCUGAAAAGGCCUCAAGUAUAACACCCCAUUAAUCCAAAUGGAAAUUAUGCUUCUGCUCCAAAUUAUUUGCUUACCAAGAAUCAUUACCCAAAUGUAUCCUUACCUCCAGUUUAACACAGAAAUAUAGCUGAUCUUUAUUUGCCCAAGACCAAAUCUAAAUAAAACAAGUAUCAUUUUAGUGCUAGAAACCCUCUGGUGCAGACCAUAAACAAUCAUGAAGUAGUUUUAAUGUUUAAAAUAGUAGUGCACUAAUCUUUAGGAAGAUGGUUAAGGUUAAAAAAGAGGUCAUAUUGCACUCCCAUUUUUACGGAACACUAGAGGGUUGAGUCCAGAGCAAAGUGCAAAAGCCUAUUUAAAUUUACAUUUUCUGGCAAAAGUGUCUUUCAAAACAAAGUGCUCUCUGUUCUCUUCCUUCAAGUCACAAUUACCAAAUAGUUUUAACCAUGCCAAAGAAAGGGUACAGAGGGCAAUAUUGCCUGCCUUUGCAAAAGGCAGAGAAACCUGUUUCCCAUGAGGCGGCAUCCACCUUGAGAAGCAGUAUGGCCUAGUGGAAAGAGCGUGCGCUGGGUGUCGGAGGAUCUGGGUUCUAAUUCCAGC